UUUGCCACCGAAGCUUAUGAUGCUGCAACGAUUGUGGUUGAUUCAAUGAGGAAAACCAACAAAAAAGGGGGUCAAUUUUUGCUGGAUAAGAUUUUACGUAGUAAUUUUACUGGCUUAAGUGGACAAAUUCAGUUCAAUGGACAUGAAAGAGCUCCAAAACAUACUUUUCAAAUCAUUAAUGUGAUUGGGAGUAGCUACAGGGAAAUUGGGUUCUGGUCAGAUGGACUUGGUUUCUCAAAAUCUUUGGAUCCUAAUGCUUCUUACAGUUCUUCAGUGAAGGAAUUAGGAAAGGUAGUUAAUCCAACAUGUGACAUACGACUAAGGAUUGGUGUCCCCUCCAUGUCAAUCUUCAAACAGUAUGCCAAUGUUAUUCAAGAUCACUCAGAAAAUGUUACUUCCUUCAAGGGAUUUGCCAUAGAUCUUUUCUAUGAAACAGUAAAAAAAUUGCCAUACCAUCUGGAAUAUGAUUAUUUUGCGUUUAAUGGCACAUAUGAUGAGCUGGUGAAGCAAGUUUAUCUGAAGAACUAUGAUGCAGUUGUUGGUGAUGUAACAAUAGUGUCCACGCGUUAUGAAUAUGCAUCAUUCACUCAACCCUUUACUGAUACGGGACUGGUGAUGGUUGUUCCUGUAAAAUCAAAAACAGGUGGUAGAACGUGGCUAUUCAUGAAGCCUUUCACAAAGCUCAUGUGGAUUCUAAUAUUGGUCAUCAUUUUCUACAAUGGCUUUGUUGUAUGGAUGAUUGAAAGAAACCACUGCCCUGAACUGAAGGGCCCUAUUCUGCAUCAAACCACAACUAUGCUGUGGUUGGCUUUCUGUUCUCUGUUCUCUUUGAAUGGGGACAGGUUGCAUAGCAAUUUAUCAAGGGUGGCAAUGGUAGUAUGGUUUUUUGUGGCUCUAAUCAUUACGCAGAUUUACACUGCUAGCCUUGCCAGCAUGUUGAUUGUUGAACAGUUUGAACCAACUGUAGACAGCAUUCAGCAGCUAAAGAACAACAAUGCCAUUGUAGGAUGUGAUAGAGGAUCCUACUUGCAAAGAUAUCUGCAGGAUGCAUUGGGCAUCAAUGCUGAAAACAUCAAGCAGUUUGACUCACAAGAGAGCCAUGCUAAUGCCCUAAGAAACAAAAAAAUAGCAGCUGUCUUCCUUGAUGUUCCUGGGGCCAAAAUUUUCCUUGCAAAGUACUGUAAAGGGUUUGUUCAAGCAGGGCCUAUAUACAAACUUGGAGGAUAUGGAUUUGUAUUUCCAAGGGGAUCUCCAUUGCUUCCUGGUGUAAACCAAGCCCUGCUGAACAUAUCUGAAAGUGGCACACUUCGUGAUCUCGAAAACAGUAUGCUUGCAUCAGAGAAAUGUAAAGACAUAAUUGACCCAGGUGCAGAAACUACUAGUCUUAGCCCUGCAAGCUUCAUGGUGCUCUUCAUCUUAACUGGAGGCACUUCAACAACUGCUCUCUUAAUUUACAUAUUUUCUGAGAGUUAUUUAUGGCCUGGACAGAGAACAAUGUGGAGUCUAAUGAUGGCUGUGAUUAAACAUUGGAGAUCUCAAAAGAGACUGUUUUCAAGAAGAGUCCACAAUGUUGCAAAAAGUCCUUUAAACUUUGCGACCUAGGAAAGGCCAAUAUCUGAUUCAGUUGAUGAUCUGUUAAAAGCUGUUGCGUACUAUUAGCAAAAUAGUAAAAAGCCAAGUCUUCCUUGGUUUCCUGGAAGUCUUAUUUUUUUCCCUGAAAUUUCCACAAUGAAUCAGUCUACUCAGGAACAGUUGAAAACAAAGGAAGUGAAUAUACUAUAAAAAGAAAAGAAGCGUAACUUCGAAUUCAAAUAAUAAAUUCUUGGUAGAAACUUUCCAAAGUGAAAUAGUAAGUGAUUAGCAGAGCACAUGCAUGUUGCAUAGCAUAACAUUUAUUCAAGUCUGUCUAGUCAUAGAGUUAGUUUGCAAAAUAAGAAUGUGUACAUAAAUAUUUUCAAGUCGGAGGUCUUUAGUUUGAUUCCUGUAAAAAAACAAUACUUGUGGAGGGGUGAACCAGAACCAGCUUUUGCAGGACUAACUCUGAAAGAGGGGUCCAAAAAAAUCAAAAGCUUACCAUUACAUUCCAAU